GUCCGCUACUGCUGUCGUCGUCGUCGUUGUCAAGUGUAAUGUGAAGUUUGGUAUAUUUUUGUGUUAAUGUUUUGCAAAAUUAUUGAAAUGUUAAACCGUGGAGUUAUUUUUGGGCACAGCUUAAGGAUAAAAGCUAGAUUUAGUAUUGAGUAGUCUAUCCUAUUUAGUCAAGUGCUAAUAUACACUAGCUUAAACUGCAUUAUUUCAUUUUACUAGUGGAUUGAAAUAAAUUCGCGUUACAAAGUUCAUCAGUAGAACAUGGCGGAUCAGGGAAAUUCCUCAAAUUCAAAUCAGUUUUUUCAAGGAAGUAAGUGUAAUAGUCGCCCGAUGUUUCCCAACAUGGAGUUCAGACCGAUAUCAGCAAACGAUGAGCUAGAUCAUGCAGCAGCUGAAAGAAGAAGGCUGAAGAAGAUGAAUGCACAGAUGGCAGCAUCUGGGCUGAAUUUUGGUGAUAAUAUUCCAACCUUCAAACCACUACCGAGGCCCACAGCUUUGCCGAUACCAGACGAUCGGGUGCUGAGCAGUCCGAGGGCCAAGCAUGGCAUACCCAAGGUCAAGCCACCUUCCCAGGAUCAUCUGUUUGAAAAGUCACGUGGCAGGUCAUAUGAGAAGAUGAGAUUGAGAGAAAGGCUGAAGAUGUGUCAGAGUAUGUGUCAGUCAACUGGAAAACUGCAAAUUCCUCCAAACUCUAUUUAUGACUUUACGUCAGAAGAUCUGUUGGAUGAGGGGGAGAUUGGGAGAGGCGCUUUUGGAACUGUCAACAAAAUGGUGCAUCGGAAGAGUGACACGGUGAUGGCGGUGAAGAGGAUACGUUCUACAGUGGAUGAGAAGGAACAGAAACAGCUGUUGAUGGACCUGGAGGUGGUUAUGAAGAGCAACGAGUGUUCUUGUAUCGUGCAGUUCUAUGGAGCUCUCUUUAAAGAAGGAGACUGUUGGAUAUGCAUGGAAUUGAUGGACACAAGCCUCGACAAACUUUACAAACACGUUUACGAAGUCCUCGACCAAAGUAUACCUGAAAGUGUGCUCGGAAAAAUCACUGUCGCUACGGUUACAGCGCUCAACUACCUCAAGGAAAAACUCAAAAUCAUCCAUCGUGACGUGAAGCCUAGCAAUAUCCUACUGGACCGACGGGGCAACAUAAAGUUGUGCGACUUUGGUAUCUCCGGCCAACUGGUCGACUCCAUUGCCCGGACCAGAGACGCGGGCUGUCGUCCUUACAUGGCGCCCGAGCGCAUCGAUCCACAGCGGGCGAAAGGUUACGAUGUUCGCUCUGACGUUUGGUCGCUGGGAAUCACGUUGAUGGAGGUCGCAACGGGGAGGUUCCCCUACCCAAGAUGGAACUCAGUUUUUGAACAGCUGUAUCUAGUUGUUCAAGGCGACCCUCCACGACUCACCGAGGUGGAAUAUGGCAACUCGUUCACCCCGGAGUUUGUCUCAUUCGUCAACACGUGUCUGAUCAAGGAGGAGAUGAAGAGGCCUAAGUACGACAAGCUGCUGGAACACCCCUUCAUCCGACAGAGCAGUGCAAGCUCAGUGGAUGUGGCGGCUUACGUAACACGAGUGAUGGACACUAUGGGGGCCACCAUCUUCACCAUGGACCAUCCUUGAGGGCGCGCACGGACCCUCGUCAAGAAACUGACUGCCAGCUGUCUGGCGUUCCUACGGUCGCCGGUGCGAUAGUGCUAGAGUCAAGUUGGUGGCUUUUCAUUGAGGAUUUUCAUAGAGGAAUAAAAAAUAUAUUAUCAUUUAUUCAUUUUUUUCAUCUUUAAAAAAAAAUUGAAAGAACGAAUAAUGUUUAAAGUGAUUGCUCAAUGUUGUGGAAAUGUUUGAAUCAAAGCAAGGACCAAACCUUAGAAUGAUAUUCAAACUUAAAAUUUUAAUAUUGUUGUUGAUGUUUGAAAUAAUAGCACAUCUAUGGUAACUUCUUCAAAUGCCUGAAAAUCUUAGUUAUGAAAGCGUUUAAAAGCAGACCAAUCUUACAACAACUUAGAUACCGGUACUCAAACAGAAUCACCAAGCCUUUUCAUCAAAUUUUAAAAGAUUAUGAUAACGUUAUGCUAUACAUGCAGUAACUAAGAACAGCAUCUAAGGAUUUUCAAUAAAUAAAUCUUUAUGUUUGAGUGAUCAAUGUAAAAGUAAUAACACUCCAGGGUCAAGAACUGGCUUGAUUUGAAACCCUGCUUUGGUUAAGGUGUAAGGCCAAAAUUUACUUUGUUAGGAAUAUUUUUCUGACAAUAUCCAUUGAGACAAGUUUACACCUUUUUUUAGAAUCGGAUGUUAAUCGGUGUCUUACUAAGACCGGCACAAUAACUGUAGCCUAAAACCCCCCACUUGCAAAUCACAGAAUAUAAUUUAUAGUAGGUAGGUAGGAAAUGGAUUUAUGCACAAUAGUAGGAGAAUUUCUCUUAGUUUUGGUUAUAUUUUAGCACUAAGCGAUAUUGUCAUUGUCUUAUCGAGAGAUGUAAUUCCUCAGUGAAAUGCCUCUAAGUUGGAUCUCACACUGAACCGGGAUGCCAUUGACUGCAAUACUGGAGCAGACCUUCACUUACCAACGGUGCCGCUGUGAUCAAACAUUUGGGUUCAAACAGAAACAAUUUUUACAAAAGCACCGAAACGUCUACUCAAGUACUCAGUCAAUGGACAUCAUCAGCUUUGUCGUGUUCUUGCGUCUUUAAAACGAGGGUAAAUGUACAUUUUGUAUAUACAGUGUAAAUUGUGAUGCGGUUAUGUAUAAUUGUACAGGUUUCUGCGAUCUAACAUAUUUUAUAUCAUAAAUGACAGCUAUGAUGUUGACA